AUGUCCUCUAAGGACUUUAUGCAAAACGAUUACCAAAUGGAUUACACCUAUAUCCACGAUUAUCAAGCAGACUAUGGCUUUGCGGAAAACUCCGACAUUAAGUGGUUAAGAGCUUUUUUAUCAGAAUCAGAAAGUUGUUCUGGUAGUGCAUCGGCAGAAACUUCCUGCUCUGAUCGAACAAACGAGUCUUGUUCAGAUAAUUCAGCAUCAAAGAGUUCGAGCCAGAAUGGGUCUGCAUCGACAGAAACUUCCUGCUCUGAUCGAACAAGUGAGUCUUGUUCAGAUGGUUCAGCAUCAAAGAGUUCCAGUCAGAAUGGGUCAAGCGAGUCUGGCUCAAAUAAUUCUGAAUCAAAGAGUUCCAGCCAGAAUGGGUCAAGCGAAUCUGGUUCAAAUAAUUCCGAAUCAAAGAGUUCCAGCCAAAAUGGGUCAAGCGAGUCUGGUUCAAAUAAUUCCGAAUCAAAGAGUUCCAGCCAGAAUGGGUCAAGCGAGUCUGGUUCAAAUAAUUCCGAAUCAAAGAGUUCCAGCCAGAAUGGGUCUAGCGAGUCUGGUUCAAAUAAUUCCGAAUCAAAGAGUUCCAGCCAGAAUGGGUCUUGUUCAGAUAGUUCCGCAUCCAACUCUUCCUGUGAAAAUAAGUCAAGCAAGUCUGAAUCAUGUAGUUCGGAAUCGGGAUCGUCCUGUAUAAAUUAUUCAGAGGAGUUCAAACAGCUCUUAAAGUUAUACAACUACAAUAUAGAUUUUCGAAUUUGA